CGGCGGGGCCGGCGGCGGGUGCCCCUCGGGCGGGGCCGGGGAGCGCCGUGCCGCGGGGGCCGGGCCUCUCUGGGGUCCUCCCAGCACGGAGGAGGCGCUGGCUUGGGCUGCGGCGGGAGCGUUCGGAGCUCCGCUCCUAACGGGGAGGGCUGCUGCAGGCCCAGCGUGGCUCGGGUCGCUAGCGGGGGGAGCUGGCGUGUGUGGGGAGCUGUCCCGUGUGGGGAGCUGUCCCGUGUGGGGAGCUGCCCCGCGUGGGGAGCUGCCCCGCGUGGGGAGCUGCCCCGCGUGGGGAGCUGCCCCGCGUGGGGAGCUGCCCCGCGUGGGGAGCUGCCCCGCGUGGGGAGCUGGCGUGUGGGGAGCUGCCCCGCGGCAGCGCUGGGCUUGGGGAGCGGCAGCGCCGCGUGGGCGCGGAGCCUGCGGGGACACGGACCCUGCCUGCUUUGCCUUCGGUAGGGUAGAGCCGGGCCUUGGCGGCCUGAGAGGUCCGCGGUUAAUGAGGUGAAGUUUUGUUUGGGAGAACCGGGGUGAAACUCGCAGGCCGGACGGUGCCGGGUUCCGUAGCCCGAGUGAGCGGCAGGAGCGCCGUGCUCCCCUUGGCUCUCAUACAUUCUGUGCUGUGCAAUACUCCCAGUUCUGAUCAUUGCGAACAGUACUGUGCCACGCAAACAGUUUUGAUGAUUUCAUCAGUUACUAUAAACAGGCCUGUAAAUCUCAUGCCUGAGUCUUGUUAUCAGUGGAAUCAGAGUUUCUUAAUCUGUUUGAACAGACCAGAUUGUAGCUAAUUCUGGCAUAAGGAUAAGGACUGGAGAGUUGCACGCUGAGUUCUCCAUCUCCUAUAAAGGAUCUGUGUGAGCAUGACCAUGUUCUUCUGUCUCCCAUUCUUCAUAACUGGGUCUCAAAGUAGCUAUAGUUUGGAAGAGAGCAGUGCUCAGUUAUGAGAAACAUUCACCAACAUAAAACAGUCUGGAAGAAGAUUUCUCUUAAGAAAAUCAAAGAGCACAUGACCUUAUAAUAAAACAGAAGACAGUUAGCAUUUCGUAAGCCUUUGGCUGUCUGAGUCAUUAAAAAAAUGAAUCGUUACACCAUAAUCAAACAGCUGGGUGAUGGCACCUAUGGCAGCGUGUUGAUGGGGAAGAGCAAUGAGUCAGGAGAACUUGUGGCUAUCAAAAGAAUGAAAAGAAAGUUCUAUUCAUGGGAGGAAUGUAUGAAUUUGAGAGAAGUCAAGUCUCUGAAGAAGCUAAACCAUGCCAAUGUAAUUAAAUUGAAGGAAGUCAUACGAGAAAAUGACCAUCUUUACUUUGUAUUUGAAUACAUGAAGGAAAAUCUCUAUCAGCUAAUGAAGGAUAGAAAUAAGUUUUUCCCUGAGUCGGUCAUCAGAAACAUGAUGUAUCAGAUAUUGCAAGGGCUGGCUUUCAUCCACAAACACGGAUAUUUUCAUAGGGAUAUGAAGCCUGAAAACCUUCUCUGUAGUGGACCAGAACUUGUGAAAAUUGCAGAUUUUGGGUUGGCUAGAGAACUAAGAUCUCAGCCACCUUACACAGAUUAUGUUUCUACUAGGUGGUACCGUGCUCCUGAAGUUUUGCUGAGAUCUUCUGUCUACAGCUCCCCUAUUGAUAUAUGGGCAGUUGGCAGCAUAAUGGCUGAGCUAUACACACUCAGACCCCUUUUCCCAGGCACAAGUGAAGUAGAUGAAAUCUUCAAAAUUUGCCAAGUCCUAGGGACUCCAAAGAAGAGUGACUGGACAGAAGGAUACCACCUUGCUUCUGCAAUGAAUUUCCGUUUCCCACAAUGUGUCCCUAUAAGCCUAAAAACUCUCAUCCCAAAUGCAAGCAAUGAAGCAAUACAGCUUAUGAGUGAUAUGCUGAACUGGAAUCCAAAGAAGAGACCUACAGCAAGUCAGGCUUUGAAGUACCCUUACUUUCACGUUGGCCAAAUUUUAGGACCUCCUCCACAGUAUCUGGAGAAGCAGACUCCUGUUAAACAGGUUCAGCCAACAGAACCAAAGCCAUCUUUACCUAAACUGGAAGCUAAGCCAGAACCUGUGUCUUCACCUGAUUUACCUGACAAAACACAGCCACAGCCCUUGCCAAAGGUUAACCACCAGCCUCUCCAGCAAAUUCAGUUGCCUCAGAAUACAGCUAACCAGCAAGUACCAAAGCAGCAGCAGCAGCCACAUGCACAACCACUUUUUCCAAUUAUCAAUAAAAACUCAUCGCCUAAACAAGCAGCUAGUGGCCCUGUGAAUGGUGUACUAGGUCCCAAAAACUGCAGAAGACGGUGGGGUCAGACUUUGGUAAAGGCUGCGGAUAGCUGGGAUGACUUGGAUGACCCUGAGUUUGGAAGGUCAUGUUCAAAGAAGCCUAGUAUUGCACUGCUAAAAGAAAAGAAAACCAAGGAAUUUCUUUUUAGUGUGCCAGAACCAAAAGCUUCAUGCUGUAUCCAGCCAGGAGGGGACAACAAGAUUCUGAUGAGAAAUGAUUCUGAAAAAUCAAAUACAUCAGCAAAAGAUUACUAUCUAAACCAAUCAAGAUACCUGCCUGGCGUAAACCCAAAGAGCGUCUCUUUUGCAGCAGUCAAUAAAGAAGUACCACACGGAACCUGGAACAACCAGUUGUUUGCUAAAUCAUUGGGAAAUGCUGGGGGAGGACUGACUUACAGCAGAAAUACUACAGGAAAUCCUGGCUUUGUAAGUAGUGGUGCUUACAACCCAUUGGGACUCUACACCUCUUCCUUCCAUAAAAAAGAAGUUGGAUCAGUUGGACAACGGAUACAGCUAGCACCUCUUGGUGCAUCUGUAUCGGAUUAUUCCUGGAAAAACAAAGCUGCUCGUCCUCCGUUACCAGGUCCCACUUUCAGUGCAGCAGGAAAAAACAUGAAUAUCUUAACUCGCCCCCCAACAAUUCAGCGAGUACAUGGGAGAACAGACUGGGUGGCCAAAUACGGAGGGAACAGAUAGAAAAUACCUUCCUCUGUGGUCAUUACAUGCUCUGUGUUCAGCUCUCCUGCACUUGGAAACCUGAAAAGCCUAUUUGCUCCAGCUUUUCCUAAGACUAUGCAAUAGUAAAGAAGAAAAAAAGACCUUGUGUUCUAUUACCUGUGUAGUACAUGUAAGACUAUGUAAAAUACUGGCUGCAAAGUAGGAUGCAGUGAAGUAUUGUACAACACAUAUUGCCAAAACGAGAAGUAGAUUUCACACAAUGUUUUCUAUAGAUAGAUCUCCUGUUCUCGUACUCUUCGGAACAAAUAGGAUUAGGGUUGUUCACUGAGUGCAACCUCUGCUGCUGGGAUGUGCUUGAAACACACAAGCAGCACACACAAGGGCUGAAGCAGAGCAGCACCAGGCUUCCAGGUGUUAGGCUGGUUCCUUAGCAGGAAGGUGAAAGUGGAAGCACAGAUCUGGCCUUGUGAAGAACAUCAGUCUCCUGCAAGGAUUUCAGAACUCACUUGUAACUAAAACUUACUCAGGGUCUGUGAGGUGCAAAUAUUCUUGUAGCAUUGAGAACUGAAGCCCUUGUAGUAGGACAUACGCAAUCCACUGAUAGACACUGCACAAGGAAGGUCUAGAAAUCUGGCUGACAGAGCGCUGUUGAAUGAUAUAGCAAUAUUGGAAAAUAGCUAAACAAGUACUGAAUACAACUUACCAAGCUGUGAAGUGAAGCCUAACAAUCAGAUUCUGCUGUUUCAAUUACCUUAUUGCCAUUUUCUGUCAAAGAUCUGUAGACAUUUAUCUCUAUCCUGUCAAGGGAGAGUCACAGUGACCUUUUAAAGACCCUAAACCACUACAGUCUGUCAGUCAUUUUAAGGGUGAAUUAGCCAAAAAUGCCUGAAUUAUCACUAAACUCUUGUUCCUACAUGUCUUUAUUAGGUGAUCAGACUAAAAAACGGGGUUUGAAUAGGCUACAUGAGGAAGAAUGUCGGUCUUCAAAGAUAUUGGUUUCUGGUUUAGAUCUUAAAGGCCAGCUGAGGCACCUGAAAACACAGACAAAACUUCAGUACUUCAGUAUGUCACUGUUUAUAUGCUCAUUCAGUACUUUCCCCAGCUUUUAUGCUAACUUUUAUAAUCAUAUUGCCCAAAGGACUUUGCAAUGAACAGUAAAUUGUUUAUUAGGAUAUUGAGCUGGGCUAGUUCUGAUAAAAAUUACAUUUAGAAUAAAUGUUUUAGACUUUAUAGCAACAUUAAACUUGCCAUUUUAAUGUACAAACUGAGUAUACUCUUUAAAGAUGUAGAGUGGUUAAUGAUGACUUCAAGCAUUGCAAAAAAAAAUUAUUUGUAUGGCUUUUAUAAAUGGAUAUUAAAAUUUAAACUCCUGUUGUUGACCCCAUGUCAAUGUGGGUUACCUUAACUUCCUGGGAAGCAAUUUAAUGUAAAACAGUUGUACCAAAAAGUCAAAUAUUUUGUUAGGAAAAUUGUACCUGAAGAAAACACCAAUUUUUUUAAUACUGUAAGAGCUAUGCAAUGAUAGGACUGUCUGGUUAGUAAUGCACUAGAGAGUUUAUUCAGUUGCCACUGGUCUAGGGUUAAGUAUUUGUACUUAAUAACUUUGUAUUAGUACUAAGAGAUGUCCCUAUGCUACUUAAUAGCAUCUUAAUUUAACUGCAGAAUCAUCUGUAACUUGCUAUGACAAUGAAGGACACUUUCAGACAGUUUGUAACAGGUAUAAAAGCUAUGACUGUAUAUUAAAAAACAAAAUAAAUUCAUCACUCAUCUCAAGUACAAGAUGCUAAUGACAGUUAAAAUCACAGCCUGGUCAAGGAAUUAGCUAAUAAUGUGCCAAUAGCUCACGUGUCUGUGAGUCAUCUUGGAGCAGAAAAAUAAACAGGAACUAUUUAUGGCACUAAAUAUGGUUAGAAGAAACAUGCAGUCCUUGUCACAUACUAAUGAGCCUUGAAAGGGCUUUGACAUAACCAGAUCAAUCUUCACUUGUCCACAAACAAAGCAUGACAAGGGUUGAAUCAUUCUUCUUGCAAACAGCAAGAAAAGGUUAACAGGCUUUGUACAGUCAUUUAACACUGGUUCAUUGGUACACAUGAGGAUUGCAUUGGACUACCAGUGCAGAAAUGCUUAAAAAAUUAUUUUAUGCUAAUAAAAUUUCAAAGGGAAAGAGUAUGUAAGGCUAAGAUUUUUCUCUUGUCCUUUUGCCUGUAUUACUACUGUUUAUUCUGAGCAUGAGCCUUCUACCACCAGUUCUAAAUUACUUCUACCAGCAGUUCUCAAUUCAACCUCUUGCUGUCCCAAGCUCAGGAAACAGCAGCAUGGAUUCUCACUUUGAUGUAGAAGUUUAAAUGCUUACCAGUCCAGUUUUCUGCCUUCUAUUGUCUUUAUUUUGUUAAAGACAACUGCAAUUCAAAUUUAUAAGUUAUCUGAUUUUAGAGCAGCAUUAUACAAUUACAAAACUGUCUGGUUUUGGUCAUGUCUGUUCUCAGUUUAUUGCAGGAGAUGCAUUUAUGUUUGCAUCCUACUCCUACAGAAGAAAACUGCUUCAACAGUAAUAUGAAAAGGCAAAAAAACCCCCAUAAAGCAGUUUAAAGAGAAGUCUCUUAAAUGCUAAUGUCUGGCUUACUAACUUUUUCAAAUCAGAACAAAGAUGUGGAGACACCUGCCCAACAAUGCUGGGUCCUGGGCUGGAAUUAGGCACUUGGAAGCGUGACAUAUUACCAAAUCAUCUGCUGUCCUGCACACCCCUUACUUCUAUGCAGGGAGGUAGGAGAGAAAUGUAAAUACAAGUGAACACCUGAAGCUGAACUCUGCAGGGUGAUGAAUAAGGGCUUUGAGAAGAUGCUCUGAGCACAAUUCCCCAUCCUGAUCUGUCUGUGCUCAAGCCAGCUGUGACCCAAAGCAUCAACCCAAGCUGUCUGGCCUGGGACCAGGCUGCUGCGACUCUUGCUGGAGCUGCAGCCCUUCUUAGCCAAAUCCCUGCAGAUCUGGAGCUGACUGACCUGGCAUCCUGGCUUGACCUCAGCCCUGCCUUAUCCCUGUCACUUGCCUGGCAAACCACUGCCCUGCUGGCAGAGCCUGGCUGUGGCCACUGGCCCAGCUCUGUGCCUCCUGCUCAUGCAGCACAAGGUCACUGCCCUGCCUGUUUUGCUGUGACAAGGGAGGAGGGAAGGAAAACCACAGGCAGUGACCCUCCUGCCAAGGUACUACCCUGAUACUCAGAGAGUUCUGAGCAACUCCAGAGUCUCUCCAAUCUAAUGGACCAGCCCUCUUGCUUCCAUCUCUCUCACUACAGGCACCAAAGCAAAAAGGUUGAAGAAAUCAAAGCUCAGGAUCUGUGCAAAAAGGGACAUAAGUUAAAUGAGACCAGAAAAGGGAUACAUUGCUAUCCAUGUAUAUCUUCCAGGAUAUUUCUCUAUGGAAGGUUUAUAUUUAGAAUGAUUUCAAGCAUUAAGGGAAUCAACUGAGGACAAAGGCUGAUCAAAUAAGCUCUUAGGUCUUUAAAUAAACUUUCAUACAGUGUUUUCUAAAUCUAAAAUAGUUUAUCCCCCAGAAAAAAAAACAAAAAAAACCCAACAAAAGCAAACCCCAAACUGAAAAUCCUUAAUAUAAUACUUGUCUGAUUAUGUGGUCUGUAUGCUUUUGUGCUCUCCAUCUCCCUCCCAGUUCAGAUUUUUAUAUUUGCAAGUUAGUAGAUUCAGGGAUAGAAUAGAUUAUUUAUACAAUUCAUGCUCGCAAAUACAUCCUGACGCCCUGCAGGAAAGGCACCAAACUGUAUCAAUCCAGAUGAACAAUUAGAGACAAAAUAAGCUGUGUAGAACACAAAAGAUUUCAAUAAUAAUUUCUUAGUUUAUUUAAAAUAACAUUUUAAUAAAGCUGUGCCUACAAUUCAGCAGUACCUAAUAAAGAUUCUUUUUGAUUUA